AUGUCUCAAAACAAUUUAUCAGGUCAACACCAAGAUGAGCAUUACAAUGGUGCUUUUUCCGAAGACAUUCAACACCAAGUUGAAUUUUACAAUGGGGCUUUUCCUGAAGAGAAUCAAGAGCACAUCAAUGAUUACAACAGGGCUUUCACCGAAGAGAACAGUAACCCUAGCCAUCUCUGGCUCCGUGAUGGCCCAGAUGGCACCCCCAUUUUGACUGCCCCGUCUGAUGUCCCUGAUGGGACCAGUAGCAGCGGUGAUUGGCAUGAGCAAAAUGGGGUCCUACUCGAUUGGAACGGGCCAGCUGGUGUUCAACUUCGCAACUGGCCUUACCUCAUCCCAGGCGGCCUUGAUCCCCCUUCGGGAAUUUUUCAACAUCAGCCGGAAGCGAGUCCGGAAUUCCAGUACAUCUUGUCCAAUGAGGAUGUCAUCAAUCCCGACGAAGAUGAGAUCCUUCCUGAGCCAAGUCCUACCAAAGUCGCCGUCAAACGAAAAGCCAAAGUGGCCGCUCCGACUCCUCCUCCGAUUACUCACAAGGAUCUCACCGUCUCGUUUGUCAUGUACCUUGCCCGAGGUGUGGACUUAACGAAGGGAGCCCUCAGCAUCAAGGCCAAAGCGCGGACUACUUACACACACUACAAGAUCAAGGACUCCGAGCACGAAUUUGAUCUCUUGAACCACUUGUACAUCCCUUUGAAAACACGACUUUUCUCCCUGGCUGAUAUAGUCGAGAAGCGCGAGGGAGCCAGUUUGAUCUUCCAAAAUGCGGAUGCAACCAAUCCGGUCACCAUCACUGUCUACAUCACUGGAAGCAAGACUUGGAACCGAAGAAAAGGUCACGAGCUGACUUGCGAUGCCGAUAUCAAAGCUUUUUUUGAAGCGGUCCAAAACGAAUCGGAUAAACCAGCUGGUAUAGUGGUAUCAAUGGUCAAUCCAAUCAAGGCUUUAGCGCAAAUGAAUGCUUUUCCUCAGAAUCUAUCAUUUGAUCAGGCUGCGAUCAUAGCCGUGAAUACUCAAAACAAAACUACAACGACUCCUUUGCAAAUCGCACGGACUGUUCCCGAGACUGCGGAGAAAAAGUGGCUGAAGGAGUUGAACAGACAUCACGGGUCUCGUUUGACCCAUGGGAAGGAAGGCUUGCUACUGGUGGACAAAGACGAAUUGACCAAGACGAUGAAGUUGACUUUUGAACACAUGAUCAUUUGGGCUAGGGAAUUGGCCAAUGGAACCGAUGAUGUCACGUUGGACAAACCUCCUGUCCACCUCGAGGGGUUUGAAUGGACCAAUUCCAAGCGUCCUCUAUCGGCCACCACCCCGUUGACCAAUCCGAAACGAGCUCGAUUGCAAGACAACCGGCCAGUUGUGGUCAGAUACGGUUAUGCCGAAAUGAACGGCAUUGACAUAACCAUAGAUUACGUCACCCUCAAACGCCUCGCCCGAACAACUAGUUUGAAGAAGUAUUUGAGGUUCUGUCAUAUUCCGGAGCAAAACAUCAUUGAGUUACGCUCCUGUUUGCUUGAACAUGGAAUCGAAGGGUUUCAUCGUUUCCUAUUCCCUGACGUUUUGAACGCCCGAGAUCUCCUUGGCUUUGGUAUCGCCUGGGGGACUGCGAUGGAUCUCAUGGCUCACACGCGGGAGUACUACCAGAUCUUAGUCGAGAAUGAAUUCAGUGUGGAUGGUAGUCAGUCGGAUGAAGAGUCCACCGAAGACAGUGAUGGCGAAAUUUGA